GGACCCAGCCAGGAUCUGCCAGGUCCCGCAGCUCAGCUCUCAGAUGCCUGGCCAUCUCACCCCCCCACACACACUAGCCGAGGGGUGUGGCCUUGACUGCUCACCCCCAAGAGCCGUCCUAGUUUUAUGGCGUUUAUAGCGCUGCGCCCAGGUGUCUCAGUGCCAGGGUUCUGGGCUGCUGAAAGCGACAGGGUCCACCCUGCCGAGGACAAGCGGUGGCUUUCUGUGCGAGGCCCAGCCCCCGGCCUGCUUCCCACUGAUGGAUGUGGGCCCCGGGCACUGCCUCUGGGUGCCAGCUCGCCCAGCCUCACGUUCCCCCAGGGCGGUGCUGCCGGAGACAGUACCGCCACAGGCGCACUGCUGUCUGCCUGUGCACAUCUGUGCUGCGGCCACAGGAGAGUCCAGGGGUUCGCUCCCUCCUGCGCCCCCCUGCGGAGGAUUGUGGUCUAGAUCCACCUCCUAAGCCAGUGCGGGUCGGGCCAGGCAGCAGCCUGUGUGUCAGAGGCAGAUCCGCGUCCCGAGAGCCAGAGGAGCCAGGUCUCCCUCCGCCCCAGGUGCCGUGGGUGUCCCUCCCACCGGUCACGGGACACCAGGGCCGGGCUGGUGUCAUCGUCCUCUCCGGGGGUCCUCUCCUUCCCUGCCUGUCCGUGGGGAGGAUGGGUGGAAGGGGAAGGCCUCGGGGCGGGAGCCCUGCACUGACAGCCCUCCGCCACCGCCCUUUCCGUCGUCCAGGUCCAGCCAUGGCGGAGCUGCACCGCACGCACUCCUCGCUGGCAGCCCUGGACGAGGAGACGCUGUGGGAGAUGACGGAGAGCCACCGCCACAGGAUCGUGCGCAGCAUCUGCCCCAGCCGCCUCACCCCCUACCUGCGCCAGGCCAAGGUGCUGGGCCACCUGGCCAAGGAGGUGCUGCAGCCCCGGUUCACCAACUCGGCCAUGAGAGUUGGGCACCUGCUGGACUUGCUGAGGGCGCGCGGGAAGAACGGGGCGCUCGCCUUCCUGGAGAGCCUGAAGUUCCACAACCCCGACGUCUACACCCUGGUCACCGGGCUGCAGCCCGACGUGGACUUCAGCACCUUCAGUGGGCUCAUGGAGACGUCCAAGCUGACCGCAUGCCUGGCCGGGGCCAUCGGCAGCCUGCAGGAGGAGCUGAGCCAGGAGAAGGGGCAGCGGGAGGCGCUGGCGCAGCAAUCCUUGGCUGAGGUGCCCCUGCAGGAAGCUGACCCUUCGCCUCCACCACAGGGGGCCCCUCCCGUCACCGACCCGCAAGGAGCCUGCCUUGUGAUUCCCCAAGGCCUGGCUGGGCUCUACCUGACGAAGCAGGAGCUGCAGCGCCAGAGGCUGUCUGCCUCCUGUGAGCGGGAGUUCCGAGAGCGGUCCCUACAGAUGGCAGACGGCCUGGAGCCCGGAGCGGAGGAGCUGAGCCGCUUGAAGGAGGAGAACGAGAAGCUCCGCUCCCUGACGUUCAGCCUGGCGGAGAAGGACAUCCUGGAGCAGAGCCUGGACGAGGCCCUGGAGAGCAAGCAGGAGAUGGUGGACCGCAUCCACUCGCUGAGGGAGCGGGCCGUGGCCGCCGAGCGGCAGCGGAAGCAGUUCUGGGAAGAGAAGGAGCAGACCCUGCUGCAGUUCCAGAAGACCAGGGUGGACUGUGAGAUCUACAAGGAGAAGGUGACCGCCCUGCAGAGCCAGGUGGCCGAGCUGCAGAAGGAGCGGGACCAGGCCUACUCGGCCCGAGACGCCGCCCAGGUGGAGAUUGCCCAGAGCCUGGCGGAGAAGGACGCGCUCCGCAGGAAGGUGUUUGAGCUCACGGACCAGGGCUGCGACCUGCGCCAGCAGCUCCGCCAGCUGCAGGCUGAGUCGGCACAAGGGCCCAAGCAGGAGGCGGGGCCGAGGGAGCCCUGGCGGAGGGGAAAGCAGCGGCUGGUGCGCAUGUUCGCCAUCUGCCCGCGGGACGACGGUGACGGCAGCUGCCUCAGCUCCUCCGAGCUCUGGUCGGACCUGAGCGCCACGCCCAGCCGCGAGCUGGUGGACAGCUUCCGCUCCAGCAGCCCCAUGCCCCCCAGCCAGCUGUCCCUGUACAAGCGAGCCGCCGAGGACUUCCGGGAGGAUGCUUGGUCCUUCAGUGGCUUCUCAGAAAUCCUGGAGGGGGACUGGGGAGGCUGCCCGGGAGCGAAGGCGGCUGACGUCGACCUGGAUUACGAGAUUGUAGACAGAGCAGACCUCCUGGAGUCUGAGCGCAGCCCACAGCUGAUCUCCAGGGGCCCCUGCGUCUCAGCCAGCAGUGUCCCCGUGUGGUGGUGGCAGCGGCUGGCCCGGAAGCUCCCGAGCCAGGUCACGGUGCUGGCCUUCCAGGGGGACGCACUGCUGGAGCAGAUGAGCGUCAUCGGCGGGAACCUUACGGGCAUCUUCAUCCACCGCGUCACCCCUGGCUCGGCGGCCGACGAGAUGGCCUUGCGCCCAGGCACCCAGAUCGUCACGGUGGACUGCGAGGCCACGGAGCCCUUCUUCAAGGCCGUCCUGCAGGGCGUGACCCUGGAGCAGGCUGUGGGUCUUCUCCGCAGGGUGGACGGCUUCUGCUGCCUGUCUGUGAAGGUCAACACGGAGGGUUAUAAGAAGCUGGUCCAGGACCUGGCGGCCAAAGUGGCCACCUCAGGGGAUUCCUUCUACAUCCGGGUCAACCUGGUCCUGGAGGGGCGGGCAGAGGGGGAGCUGCCCGUGCACUGCGGCGACAUCCUGCACGUCACUGACACCAUGUUCCAGGGCCGCGGCUGCUGGCAUGCCCACCGCGUGGGCCCCUACAGCACCAGGGACGCGGAGGGCGGCACCAUCCCCACCUACGCACGGGCGCAGCAGCUGCUUAUCGCCCUCCUGCAGGACCUGGCUCAGCAGAGCAGCUCCGCCCGCAAGCCGUCUUCUGGAGGCCCCCAGAGGCUGGUGCGCAUCGUCACUGUGGACAGAACCAAGGCCAGCGCCCUGUGCUCAUCCUUUGAUGGGGCCCAGUCAGACCCCAGCCGGCUGGGAGACGCCUCCCCCAGGGGCUUCUGGCGCUGGCGGGGCCCCCGGGGUACAGCGCGGGGCUCCCUCAGGACCCCAGUGGUUGGGUGUGUGACCUCCCGUCCACUGUGCCCCGCAGAGUACUUGAGCCCGGAGGAGUACGAGGCCGCCAGCCGGAGCGGGGACAUUGUGCAGGAGAGGGAGGCCACCGGCAGCCACUGCUGGGUGACCCGCGCAGCCCUGGAGCGCCUCAUGGAGAAGAACACGCACGCCCUCCUGGACAUCCCGCUGGACAGCGUGCGCGCCCUGCACAGCAUGGAGAUCUUCCCCAUCGUCCUCCACGUCGCCAUCAACGAGAAGGCGGCCAAGAGACUCAGGAAGGCCCUGCAACGGCUGGACAGGGUGCCCCACCCCUGCUGCAGCCUGGCCCCCGAGGGCUGGGGCGACCUGGACACGCUGCUCAGCUGCGUCCGCUUCGCCAUCUCCGACGAGCAGAAGAAGGUGGUGUGGACAGAGCAGAGCCCCCCCUGACAGACGCCGUGUCCUGGCUGGUGGACCUCGCACCCUGUCCUGUGGGCUCAGCUUGGGGUACUCACCGCACACCCCCCCUCGGGUCCCCUCACUGGAGUCUGACCACCACCCUCGCCACAUGCAGGUCACAGUUGGGCACUCAGACCGUCUGCUCUUUUCUGCGUAAACCAUCUCCUCACCGGGGUUUGGCAUGGUCUGAACCGACACCGCGAGGACGCCCCACGGGGUCACGGUGCCUCCUCAGAGCCGGAGGCCAAGGUGUCCCCAGAUAGUGCCCAUCCGACCGACCCUGCAUUUGCUCUGCAUUUCACUGUCAGAGGCUCCUCCCACACCCACCCAGGCGGCCCCGAGGUCAGACGCCCCUGCCCAGGCGGAGGAGCAGACCACCUAGCACAGCCCUGUUCUCUCAGCUGCUGGUGCUGAUGCUCAGUGAUUGCCGUUCAGACUGUUUACCACUAAGUAUCGUCUCCAAGUGACGACACAGUAUCUUCGUUGGGUUUGUGCCCCCAGACCCCUCUGCAGGGGCCGGCGGGCUCCUCCGGAGCUGAGGACUGCCUCUACCAGUGCCCCCCCCUCAGGUCACCGUGACUCCUCCUCCAGGGCUCGGGAGACAGUCGGGCAUGGCCCAGGGGAGGCCCCCCCAGGCUCCCACCCAGCCCAGCCGCCCCCUCACAGACUGAAAUGCCUAGGAGGCUGUUGUAAACAAGUUCAGAAAC